AUGGCGUCCAGCGAGCUUUUAGCACAAAUACAAGCCGGAAAGAGAUUGAAGAAGGCAGAAACAAAUGAUCGAAGCGCGCCUGCAGUCGAUAAGCCCAAAGGUGGAGGAGGUGGAGGAGGACAUACUUCUGGUGCAAGUACUGGGGGAGGUGGACUUGCCGCAGCAGUGGCUAGCUCCGGUGGACCACCCCAACUUGGAGGACUGUUUGCGGGUGGGAUGCCCAAAUUGAAGCCAGCAGGCCAGAAUAAUUCGGCAAGAGCACCCAGUCUAGGCAAACCGCCGUCUGUGCCCAAGCGGGAUUCACCCGCGGCUCCUGUAGCUCCUUCUCGGCCCGUUCCUCCGCCUACGAGUGCGAGUAGACCCUCUCCAGCAAGACCUGUACCCCCACCAACAGUACCUUCUCGGCCCGUACCUCCCCCCGUUGUGCCAUCACGGCCUGUGCCUUCCCCUGCUGCCCCCGCGACACCGGCAUCUUCUCGUCCAGUUCCUCCUCCGGUUUCGCGUCCAGUUCCCCCGCCAAUUGCUCCCCUCGCAAGAACAGCUCCUGCCCUUCCAAAUCGUGCUGCACCCGCAUUACCUUCGCGCCCCGUACCAUCCCCACCUCCAAGCUUACCUGCCCGUAAACCUCCUAAUCGACCCACUCCUUCACCAUCUACGGUAGCACCACCUCCACCCGCAAGACCUUCGCCUGCAAUUCCUCCCCGCGUGUCUUUACCAUCCAACCGUUCCGUAUCCUCUCCGACGUCCAAAGGACCACCAGCUAUUCCACCCAGAGGUGGUAACUCGUCGCUCGGGUCCCCUAGCAAAACUGCACCGCAACCCCCUGCUCUCCCAGGCAGAGCAGCUCCUCCUCCUCCAGCAAGACCCUCUAGUGUUGGUUCUUCUGCUUCUGCUUCUGCGAAAGCAGCGGCACCGCCUCCACCCACAAGGAAACCUCCAGUUGGAGAUGUCCCUCAACCACCUCCACGCAUAAGAGCUCUUUCAGAGGCUGAACCACCCACACUAUCACCAGCACCUCCUGCCCGAUCUCCACUAGCGCCUCCUCCAAGGCGGCCAGUAUCUGCGAUCGUCACCGGUUCCAGCGCAAACGGCGUGACAUCAUCUGCACCACGGCGAAAAAUUCCGUCACCGCCGCCCAAUGCUGGUUCUCAUACAUUCCCAGUCUCCGACUUUCCACCUCCACGACCUUUCCAGCCAAGCUUAAAACAGUACGUUAGUGGGAGACAAAAGGGCGCCACCUUUGAUUUAGGACAACUUUAA